AACAAAGAAAAUUUUUUCAACAUCAUCAACGUUCAUCAACAUUUCAUCAAUUUGAUAAUAAUAAUGUUUCGACAAAUAUUAAUUACAACAGUAAUGAUGAUGAUGAUGAUGAUGAUGAUGAAGAUAGUAUAGAAACAUUACUAUUCGAUGAAGAAGAUGAUAUUCAUGUACAAGAAUUAUCAACAAUUCCACGAACAACAUCAACAUCAACAACUACAACAUAUCAAUUUAAUGAACAACAAAUUCAAAUGUCAUUGGAACAAAUCAUAUGUGAUGAUUUACAUGCAUUUGAAAAUCGUUUAAUGGAAAUAAUUCAUAAUUAUGAACCACAAACAAAACGUUGGCGUUGGAUAUUAGCCAUAUCGAUUAUAAUUACAUUAAUAACAGCUAUACAAUGGUUAUUAGAUAUUGAAACAUUAGAAUCAUCAUUUUGGCAAUCAUUAUAUAAUCAUCGUUUAUUUACAAUAAAUUGUUUAAUAUUGAUUAUAUUAUUUCUUUGUUUCGGUAUACAUCAACGUGUUAUACAACAAAAUAUUAUUGCACAACGUAUACGUGAUGUUAUUGGACAAUUUAAUAUGGAUUGUACUGAUCAAGGACGUUUAAUAUUAAUGCCAAAACCAUUUACAUUUUAUAAUGAUAAUUUUAGACAAUAUUUUAAUCAUAAUAAUAAUAAUAAUAAUUUUUAUAAUCAUAAUUAUUCUCCUCAACAACAACAACAACAACAAUCAUCAUCAUUAUUAUCUAAUUCACCUGUAACACAAGUAUCACCACCAUCAUCAUCAUCUUCAUAUCCAAAUGGAUUUUAAUUAAUUUUUUUUCAACAAAAAAAAAAUCCUUUUCUUGAAAAUAUAUUUUUGUCGCUUACCUUUUUGUCUUCUUAAUAUUGUUAUUGUUUUUAUAAAUGUGGAUGGUGUUUAUAAGUGUGUGUUUGCGAGCGAGAGAGAAAGAUAAAGAGAAAGACAAAGAAAAAAAACUGUGAUUUCUGAUUCAAAUUUUUCCAUUUAUUUAUUUAUUUUUCGUUUUUUUUAAAUUUGUUUAAA